UCUUUCUCUCCGCCCACCAUGACCUCCUCCCGCCCCGCCAAUAUCACGAUUCGACGAGUUCCAGUAGACGUAGACGCCCCUCCACCCUCUCCCGCAUUUCUCAUUGCCUCGAGGCUGCUAGAAUGGGGCCACUUUUCCCACCCCAAACCGCCAACUGCAUCACUGCCAGUGGUAUCGACCCAAGUACCCCCACCACCUCCAGCGACCCGAUUUCCCUCUGCCCAUGUACCCAUACUAUUCGUUCUCCUCCUCCUCCCACUGUCAACAGCUUUGGUUCUGUUCAGUCUCACUACACUUCCGAUAACCGUCUCAUGGCCGCGGACACUCCCCGAUCUUGCUCAACUCGGCCGCGAGCUUCACGGCUAUUCCCAAAGCGGGCCCGCAGCCAUUGCCCAUGUUGUCGGGGUGCUCGCCAUAUCAGCGGUGUGGAAACAUGCUUGGUCAAUACCUGGUAGCGUCGUUUGGAACGUGCUUGCAGGGGCUCUAUUCUCUCCUGCCUUUGCGACGGUGUUGAUGACUACACUCACCACCAUUGGCUCAGCCGCUGCGACACUCCUAGCCAUGCCUCUUGGGCCACUCAUCACCCGAUUUUUCCCGCGUGCCCUCGACCUUACGAGACACGCGCUAGAAGGCGAUGCUGAGGUCUCAGAAGGGGAUAAACAAGCCCAACGCUCCUCUCCUUGGGUUCGUUUGACUGUACUACGCCUCGUGGGUGUUGUGCCAUGGUCGGGCAUCAAUAUUGCCUGCGGCGUCUGCGGAGUGUCCAUGGGGGACUGCAUGCUUGGAACAUUUAUUGGCUGUUUGCCAUGGACUGCAGUCACCUGUCAGAUCGGAGACAUCCUUCAAACUGUUGCAUCGCAUCCUUCACCCACACCACAGACAGUAUCGUCGUUGCUGACGUCGCCGUCGAUCAUCAUCAAAUUGGUGGUGCUUUCUUUCUUGUCUCUGGCGCCAAUCUUAGGGCGGGACUACCUCCGUGCUCUGAUUGCCCAUGAACCAUCAACAUCUCCUGAGGAGAAACGGUCUCGGUGGCCAGUCGCAUUAAUUCAGGAUUGGCGCACCAAAAUCCGCAAAUCCUCUUCGAGGUCACGGGAAGCGAGCGAACACGAGCUGAAUACUUUGGUUGACGAGAAGCGGGCGCUUGAACAACACCUCGCCUCAUGA